UCUCUUUCCGGCCAUGAGCAGCCUCGUGAGGACCGAGCCGCUGCGCGGGGAGCCCCCUCUGCUGGUGCCGGGCGACCCCUACUCGGUGGUGGUUCUGCUGCGGGGCUACGCGGAGCCUGAGGGGGUCGGUGACGCCGUGCGUGCCGACGGCUCCGUGACCCUGGUCUUGCCCCAAGCUUGGGGCCGGACCCCCAGCUCUCCAGAACCGCCUCCCUGGAGUGGAGAUGCAAAGACCGCCCUGGAGGAGGCGGCCCGCGGCCCCAUCCUCGUGGACACCGGGGGCCCCUGGGCUCGGGAAGCACUUCUGGGGGCCCUGGCCGGGCAGGGCGUGGCCCCGGGGGACGUGACUCUGGUGGUGGGGACCCACGGACACUCGGAUCAUAUCGGGAACCUGGGGCUGUUCCCCGGGGCGGCCCUGUUGGUGUCGCACGAUUUUUGUCUUCCCGGAGGUCGCUACCUUCCUCAUGGCUUAGGAGAGGAGCGGCCGCUGAGCCUGGGGCCGGGACUGGAGGUGUGGGCCACACCAGGCCAUGGGGGCCAGCGGGAUGUGAGCGUAGUGGUGACGGGCACGGCUCUGGGCACCGUGGUGGUGGUGGGCGAUGUCUUUGAAAGUGAUGGGGACGAGGACUCGUGGCAGGCGCUGAGCGAAGACCCCGUGGCCCAGGAGAGAAGCCGAAAGAAGAUCCUAGGCACUGCUGAUGUGGUCGUGCCUGGACAUGGAGCUCCCUUUAGGCUGGUCAGGAAAGCCUCGCAGCCUGAGACUCUGGGAAACGGACAGCUGAAUCCUGUAGUGGGCGAAAAGGAGCCACGGUGCACCCAUAAGCCCUGGAAAAAGCUGGACGUAGCACAGUGCUCUUUCCCCUGCUGACACCAGUAGCACUGUUUCAGCCAAACUCUGACUAAGUCCUUUGGCCAGCUUUGUGCUGCUGCUGUGGUCUUCAUUAGAAUAAUGGAAGGGUCCCCAAAAUAAAGCUAGGAAACUACUGAAAAAUCAUACUGCCCUGAUGUGAAUGUAAAACAUUAACAAUGAUCAUGCAAAUGAAGUCAGCAAUUACAAGGCAACACUUGCCUGUUUCUCAAAGGGUGCAGGUUGCUAAGAGUGAAGGUGCAGAGCAUAGAAGCAACACCUUAGCUGACAUUCAUUCAUUCCUUCAUUCAUUCAACGAAUAAUUGACACCUGCAAUAUCUCAGCACUGUUCUAGGUUGUGGGACUAUAAGGCUGAGCUCUCAGAUUAUAUCCUACUAAGGAGAUAGACAAAGGGGAGGGAAUUGUAGCAGAAGGUUUUUCUCUCAGGUCCUUAGUGGUCUUCAGCGCAUGCUGGCUUCUGAGCCCUGUGUGUCUGGCUGGAGUUAUGGGAAGCCGUGAUCCUUCUGUGCAGCUUACUCCAGGGAGGUCAUUCAGUCCCACUCCUUAGGCCUUUAAGGUGGAGUAUAGGAUCACCUCCUGGGGGCUCCGGUUGGAAGGUGUUGCUGGUGAGAUUGAACUGGAGAGGGUGAGGGAGGCAUAGAAGAUUCAUCUAGAGUAAGAACUGAGAGGGAGAUUAGUCAAUGGAGGGGGGGAGGGCUGUCCCUUCCCUAGAGCAGACACCACACCUAGGCGUCCUGUCCAAACCACAGUCCCUCAACUUCCCACCCAGCUGUCUCCAGACUCCCCUUUCAUGCUUUCAGGCCCUAGUCUGCUACUUACCUUGGGGUCCAGCUUGGGGUCUCUACGUUGUCCUAGGGAAAAAUCAAAGUGUGCCAGGUCAGUGGCAUGCCAGCCGAGGUAGAAAAGUGGACAGGGACUCCUGUGGUGAGGUCAUCUGCUAGGUCAGGACCGGGGUCACAUGAGGGUGUGUGGGGAAGAAGGAAGGGCCAAGACUGAGGGGGGAGUGAUGAGGAAGGGACUUAACUUUAUGCCCAGUGUUCUCGUAUUUCUCCUCACUGUUUUGGAAGGAUCCCCUGCUUGGGACCAAGAGGGCGGGAAAUGUGUUAGAGGCCAGACACAAAAGAAUGAAAACUUGACCAGUUAGGAGCCAUUUAAGGUAGUAGACGGGCAAAUAGAGCUGUUCUCAUGAGGAAACCUCCCGCUCCCCAAAGCAGCCCUG